AUGCCGGUCAGCCCUGCUGUUCACGUCCACAUGGAGCCUCUCGGUGGAACUCGGGACGAUAAGGUCGGCGGAGCAGCGUGGGAUUCGAAUAUGGACGCCAUCUUUGGAACAAGCACGCCAGACAUUCGUUUUUUUCUGUUCGUCCUUUUGAUCGGCUAG